GCUGUUCCUGUGCUGGAUGCUGAAGCAGCUUGGCCGUGUUUUACUGUUUCAGGGCAGCCAAUAUCUUUUCUUCUCAAUCUUUUUUGGAUUUUAAAUGACUGGUUGCCAAAUGGUUUCCUCAGAUUUUACAGCAGAUGAGAGGAUGGAGAUUGAGAGCAUCAAAAUGUAUAAGAAAGACCUUCUGGAUGACAUCCAGAAGUUGAAGAUGGAGAUAGACAACGUCAUGGCAGAAAUACUCAGCUUUGAGACUGCAGAAGAAAACAAGACCAUAGAGAAAAGCAAACAAUUCUCAAACGGCAAGAAGAAAUUUAACAUGGACCCCAAAAAGGGUAUCAAUUACUUGGUGGAGAACCAGUUGCUGGAUGGAAGUGCCCAGUCCAUUGCUGGUUUUCUCUACAAUGAGGAAGGGCUCAACAAGACGGCUAUUGGAGAAUUCCUCGGAGAAAGAGAGGAGCUCCAUCUGCAGACCUUGAAGGCCUUUGUGGAACGCCAUGGGUUCUCUGAUCUCAACCUGGUCCAGGCUCUCAGACAGUUUCUGUGGAGUUUCCGUCUGCCUGGUGAAGCUCAGAAGAUCGACCGAAUGAUGGAGACCUUCGCCACACGCUACUGCGACUGCAACCCCAACGUCUUUCAGUCCACUGACACAUGCUACAUCCUGUCCUUUGCCAUUAUCAUGCUGAACACCAGCCUCCACAACCCUAACGUGAAAGACAAAACCACUCUGGACCGUUUCAUCUCCAUGAACAGAGGCAUCAACAAUGGAGAGGACCUACCUAAUGAUCUGCUCUCGAAUCUCUAUGACAGCAUACGUAACGAGCCUUUUAAGAUCCCAGAGGACGAUGGAAAUGAUCUGACACACACCUUUUUCAACCCUGACAGAGAAGGCUGGCUCCUUAAACUUGGAGGUCGGGUUAAGACAUGGAAGAGAAGGUGGUUCAUCCUGACUGACAACUGCCUCUAUUACUUCGAGUUCACCACUGAUAAAGAGCCCCGAGGUAUCAUCCCUCUGGAAAAUCUUUGUGUGAGAGAAGUGCCAUAUGCACGCAAACCGUACUGCCUGGAGCUGUACAACCCCAACAGUCGAGGGCAGAAGAUCAAAGCAUGUAAAACAGAGACAGACGGCAGGGUGGUGGAGGGGAAACACCAGUCCUACACCAUCUGUGCUUCCAGCGCUGAAGAGAGAGACUCCUGGAUUGAGGCCAUCAGAGCGAGUAUCACCAAGGAUCCAUUUUAUGACUUGGUCUCUGUCCGGAAGAAGAAGGUGAUCAACCAAAGUCCUCAGGACUGAGCAGUGCAACGCCCCACCAUAUGGACGUCUACAUCACCGCAGCACUGUGUGAUUCUGUUAGCAGUCUGUCUCCUUUUAAAAAGUGUCUGAAAAUUUGACAUAAUGAAGAUAAAUGGGAAUCAACAGAAACACACUUUUGGUGGUCGCUCUUGCAAAAGGACGGACAAUGUCUCGUUUCAUGUCUAAAUUUAUAGACUGAAAAAGUGUUUAAAAUAAUGAAACUCGUUCAGUAUUAACGUGACAAACUACAGAGAUUCUGUGAGAGCAAUGGUAAACUUUGACAGCAGAUUUAGUGGAUUAAAGUGUACAGAAUGGUUGUUUAUUUAUUGUCUUUACUUAUGUCAUCUACAAUGAAGUUGCUUCUUGCUGUCGUUGCUUGUUUGACUUCGUUUCUGGGCACCGAAAGACAAAUUCAGAAUGCGAUGUCUCAGCAGUUCCACAAAUGCUAUUUAAAAGAAAAGACAAGACACACAGCCUACUUCAGCUUUCUAACAGUUCUCAUGGCCCUGCAGACAGAAGCAGAGUAGCAGUGUUACUUAUAUCCUGUUAAGUUUGUUUUUAAUAAAAGCUUUUUAGAUAAAGUCUCUACAUUGACUUUCCCACUGAGUGCUUUAAUUUUUACAGAAAUCACUUUCAGGAUUUAAAUAUGUUGGCUCCUUUUCAGAUUAUAUUUUGUCCUAAUACACAAUAUCCUGUGUUUUUUAAAUGUUACUUAAUUUUAUAGCACUGUGCAAUAAAUGUUACACAUGUUAUCUGCUUUUUAUUAACUGCUUAUGUACAGUUUAUAGGAAUAUUUAAAUCAUUUAGCCAUUUUGUGUUGUAUGUCAUUGUUAAUAUUGUAUACAAUAUCUUACACACUGUCAAUGUAGAAUAAUUACUGUAUUUGUUAUGUUAUUAAAUUAUUUUAUACAAAAUCA